UUAAUAAAAUUUUUUUCGGCUUCACGUUGGAAUGAUUUGGCAUGGGUUCUAACCAGAUCACCAGAUAAUUUGGCACUAUGGGUGGUUGUCCGCAGGACUUGUCCUAGCUGGUGUGUGUACAAAGCAGCAUAUGCUGGAUUCCUAAACCCAAUCAGUAUUUCUUACCGGUCGCGUUUUAGGACACCAGUAUAUUCUGGCGAAUUUUCAGGUUAUUAUAUAAUGGUUGCUUGUCAUCUCGUAGAGCGAUCUUUGUAAUCAUGGGAAUGGAACUGAUGCAAAAAUUAAUGAAAGAUCGGAUUAACGCCUACUUUGAGGGUUUGGAUUGCACCAAAUAUGAUAAGGAUUAUUUGGAAAAAGUCGAAUGUUGGUUGGCAACAGAUGUCAGGGGUCAAAAAAUGAUGAAUGCAGUUUUUGUUUUAAAAAAAGACGCAUUGACUCUUAUAAAUCGAUAUCAAUUUCUGAUACAACUUAAAAACAAUAACAAUUCAUAUAUAUCGAUGGAUGUCGAUAUUUGUAAGGCCUUGGGGACAUCAUUCACUAAUCCGGUUACCCGUAUGGUAUCCGAAGAAAUUCAUCGUGUUAGCAAUUAUCCAUAUGGUUGUCCAUUGAAGAAGGGUAAACGUUAUGCUAUUAAUAAUUUCUCCAUUAACUCCCGUCUUAUACCAACAUUUACACCAACUCUUAAAUGGAUUUCAAAUUCCGAAUUUUAUGUAGGUCCGAAACAUAUCUUGAGAUUUGAUGCUUUUGGUCGUGUUGAGCACAUGAAGAUGAAAUCAAACAAAAAAUCUUAA